AUGGUCCUCCGCAGUAUCACCUCCAACUCCUUCACAGCUGUCUCACGACUCUCCCGUCUAUCAUCUACCAGCGCUGCCUUCUCCACUAUGUCUAAUAUCACCCUAUACACUUGGCCCACACCCAACGGCAUCAAGGCUUCCAUUACCCUGGAGGAGCUCGGCCUGCCGUACAAGGCCGAGGGAAUUGAUAUCAGCACCAACGUCCAAAAAGAAGACUGGUUCCUGAAGAUCAACCCCAACGGCCGCAUUCCCGCGCUCCUCGAUGGCUCGCAGCGCAUUUUCGAGAGCGGCGCGAUUAUGAUAUACCUUGCCGAUAAAUACGACACCGACCGCAAAAUUAGCUAUGCCCCAGGCUCACCCGAGCACAUCGAGCAGUUAUCCUGGUUGAUGUUCCAGAUGGGCGGUCUCGGUCCCAUGCAGGGCCAAGCAAACCACUUCCGCCUCUUUGCCGGAGCCCGCUCCGAGUACGGCAUCAAGAGGUACAUCGACGAGACCAAGCGCCUGUACUCGGUUCUCGAGUCUCGUCUCAAGGCGAGCCCCUACCUAGCGGGGUCCAAGUAUACCAUUGCCGACAUUGCAAACUACUCAUGGGUCCGCAGUGGUCCGAAUGCGCUGGAGAUUGACCUGUCUGAGUUCCCGGCUCUGAAGAAGUGGGCUGAUGAGAUCGGGAAGCGGGCUGCUGUGCAGAAAGGGGCGGAUGUGCCUUCGACUGGCCGGACUGAUGAGGACCGGAAUGAAUUCUAUCGCAAUGCUCGGGCUAAGAUUGAUGGCAUGACUAACUCAGACAAGCACUAG